AACUGGCUAACCAUCCAAAAGAGAAGUUCAGAAGUAAUGAUAUGGAUACAAUAAUCAUAAACGGCUCAUUUGGAGGAUUCUGCAAGAGUUGUUCAAAUGACCAUCUCCUCACCUGCUCCAUGCCAACUGAUUUGACCGACGUCCGCAUCGCAGGCUGCUAAGUAGUCACAUUUUUUUUCCAGAUCCCAAACUGUUGAAAUGAGAUCAGUCAGUGUUCAGUCCAACUUUUGUUGGUCAUCUUAUUUAUGCAUCAACAUCUCAUUUCCAACCGUUACUUUUGACAUCCCUCCAUAUAUACCACAGUCCAGCCCUGCCUGUCGUUCUACGUUCACCAUUACCUCCUUCUCCCUGAUGUCGUCUGAGAGUGAAUCAAAGAAGAAGAAGAAGAAGAAAGCCUCCGAAGUGGAGGUCCUUUCAUGGCAGCAGAAGAAGGAGCUAAUUGACAGGGAAGAAGCAGCCAUGGAAAGAGAAGUAGAGGAGCUUCUUUCAUGGACUAGUAUGAUAGAAUCUAUGGAUGAUAACCAACUAAAGGAGUAUCUGCAGAACAGGCCAGAAAGCUUGAAAAGUGUGAAGAUAGGGAAGGUUGCACCAGGCAAAAAGGUGCAAAGGAAUGCAAAAACCAGGUCUUCGUCCUCUUCCUCUCGAGGACUAAUGGCUUCAGUUUGGAAGUUUCAUAAAGAAGAAGACGAAGAAUCUCCUAUGACAGUCCUCUGACAGAAAAGAGAACGUCUCAAAUCCCUCUAGCAGUCUAUUUUUUGUCAUAAUUCUGAUAUAUUUAUAUAUAACAUUAAUCUAUCUGA